GGCCCGUGCACGCACCCAGCAGAGACGGCAGCCCGGUUCAAGUUCGCCAAAAGAGAAGGUCCUUGCGUUUUAACAGCUCAAAUCCGUGACAACAUCGCCAAACCCGGAACAACACCUGUGCAAGUGCUGAACCACCCCCCGACCGCCAAAAUGAGCUUCGUCACCCGCCGUGCGCUCUCUACCCUUAUCCCCCCCAAGGUCGCCUCUCCCAAGGCCAUUGGCGCUGCCCCCGAUGCUGUCGUCAUGAAGCGCGUCGUCUCGUUCUACGAGAAGCUUCCCCGCGGCCCCGCUCCCGAGAUCAAGCCCCAGGGCUUCUGGGGCAAGUACCAGGCCAAGCACUUUGGCAAGAACCCUUCGGCUAAGCCCAUCGUUCACGCCAUUGUCGGUCUUCUGAUCGUCGGUUAUGCUCAGAACUACUACUUCCACCUCCGCCACCACAAGAACCACGCUCACUAAGCGGGCGGAACAUAGUUCAUGAGAUAUCCCUUUUCCCUACUUGGCGAUGAACAAUCAAAGAAAUCAGCCGUGUACAUAAGUGCUAUCUAAUAGAUGGAAUGCCGUGGUUCCCAAGGUUCCUCCCGACGGCGGAUGAUGAUUUAACGUGGUACCAAAUGUGGCUUAAUGUGAAACGAAUUAUAUUCAGCGGUGUGGGGUUGAAUUCACCAACGUCAGUUGAAUCCACCAACGUGAAGACAUGAGGAGAUAGAAGUAUGGGGAGUCAGCCGGAAAAUCAUCCACGUGGAAGCUGGCGCCGGCUUGAAUUAAUCAGACUAAGACAGCAUCCUAGA